CGAUAUGAUGCGGCUGCUCAUAGAGAAUAAAGCAACUUUGGAUACACCGGACUGUCAGGGAAAUACGGCGCUCAUGCUCGCAAUUGGAAAUCUACAGUAUGCAGCCGUGGUAUUGCUUUUAAAUGAAGCAGCUUCUGUAAAAGUGAAGAGGCAUGACGGCUAUAGCGCGCUUGACAUAGCUAGCAUUCUUGGCGAUCAAGCAAUGAUCGAGUUGUUGAUGGAGCAUGAAGCAGAAAACGAAGCUGCCACCUCAGAUAAGGCAUGCGUUCAGUGAGCAUGCAGAGAGAAAGUCCAAUACAAUAUCCACGGC